AACUACAUCACCCUGGGAGAAGCGUACACCACCUGCAUAAACACAACAUGGCACCUGCCGGUCGUGGGUUUGUUGUUUUGGCAGUGGCCUUACUUUCAGUAUGGACUGACAAAGUUAUUUGUAAUACAUAUAUUUCCACAGUUAACUUGAUGGACAGUGAUCUGCAGGGACAAGGAUGUGGUUCUAACUCCGAGUGGGAUGAGUACACCGCAGAAUGUGAGCCUACAUUUUUGAACCUGGUAGAGACUGACUGCCAACCAAGAGGAUCUCAUGCCUGUGAUUCAGUGCUUUCCCUCAACAGUGAGAAAAUACUGAGUCAGGCAAAGAUACUGGCUGAACAGAAGAAGCUUCCAUUUCCAGUUGAGGACAUGAACACAAAUGAGGAUUUGGGAAGAUCCUGAAUUGGUUAGUGCAAUUUAUGGACGAGGAAUUGCAUAUGGAAAGAAGGGAGUACAGGAUAUCAAGAAUGCUGAACUUGCGUUGUUCGAAUUGAGCAGAGUAAUUAGUCUAGAGCCUAAUCAACCAGAAGUAUAUGAACAAAGAGCAGAGAUUCUUUCUCCACUGGGACGAAUUAAUGAAGCUAUAAAUGACCUUAGUAAAGCUAUACAUCUACGUCCGUCAGCCCGACUUUUCAGACACAGAGGCACUUUGUACUUUAUUUCUGAGGAUUAUGUAGCAGCUCAUGAUGACUUCCAGCAGUCACUGGAAUUAAAUAAAAAACAGCCAGUUGCCAUGCUUUAUAAGGGGUUAACAUUCUUUCACAGAGGAUUACUUAAGGAAGCAGUUGUUGAAUUCAAAGAAGCUCUGAAACAUAAAACAGAUUUUAUUGAUGCCUACAAAAGUCUUGGACAGGCUUAUAGAGAACUUGGUGACUUUGAAGCUGCUAUGGAUAGUUUUCAGAAGGCGCUACUGCUAAAUCAGAACCAUAUUCAGUCUCUGCAAUUACGAGGAAUGAUGCUGUAUCACCAUGGUAAUGUGCAGGAAGCCCUGAAAGAUUUUAAGCGAUGUUUGCAGCUAGAAACUUACAAUGAAGUUUGCCAGUACAUGAAAGGCUUAAGUCAUGUUACAAUGGGACACUUUUAUGAAGGAAUAAAGGCACAAACUAAAGUGAUGCUGAAUGAUCCUCUACCUGGCCAGAAAGCAAGUCCAGAAUAUCUUAAGGUGAAAUACCUCCGAGAGUACUCUCGAUAUUUACAUGCACAUCUUGACACACCUGUUGCAGAAUACAGUAUAGAUCAUGAUCUUCCUGGAAGCUUCAAAGAUCACUGGGCCAAGAACUUGCCCUUCCUCAUAGAAGAUUACGAGGAGCAACCUGGACUGCAGCCACACAUAAAGGAUGUUCUGCCACAGAAUUUUGAGAGCUACAAAUCCGAAGUUCAAGAUGCCCUGUGCUUGGCAAAUAAACUUGGCAAACUAAUGCAGUAUAACACUCCAGGCAUCCUUCCUAAUGAAAGAAUCCUUAGAGCAAUGGGCUUCGCAACACUGGAAGUUAUGCAGUCCUUGCAGCGAACAUGGAUGAAUUCUAAAAUUCGUCUGAAUGGGAAAACUAGACUAAUGCAGUGGAAAGACAUGUUUGACAUUGCUGUGAAGUGGAGAAGGAUAGCAGACCCCGAUCAGCCAGUUUUAUGGUUGGACCAAAUGCCAGCAAGAAGUCUCAGUCGAGGUUUCAAUAAUCAUAUUAAUCUCAUCAGGGGCCAAGUAAUUAAUAUGCGAUACCUGGCAUAUUUUGACAGAAUUCUUAAUUUCAUCAAAGAAAGAAUUCUCGUGUUUCAUGGGACUAAUAACCCUAAAGGACUUCCAGAAGUAAGAGAAGCCUUGGAGAAAGUAAAAAAAGUUGAAGAUCUGCUUCCCAUAAUGAAGAUGAACAGCAAAACAAGAGAUGGUUUCACAGUGAACACAAAAGUCCCCAGUCUAAAGGAUCCAGGAAAGGAGUAUGAUGGCUUCACAGUCACGGUCACUGGGGACAGAGUUGGAAAUAUGUUGUUUUCAGUUGAAACACAGACAACUGAAGAGAGGACUCAGCAUUAUCAUUCAGAAAUUGAUACACUCUACAAGGAUCUCACUGUAAAAGGAAAGGCACUGAUGCUGUCUACAGAGCUUGGGGAUGCAGACACAAUAUGCAACUUAAUCUUGUCUCUGGUUUACUACUUUUAUAACUUAAUGCCUUUAUCUAGAGGUUCUAGUGUGGUAGCAUCUUCGGUACUGUUAGGUACAAUAAUGGCUAGUGGAAAAGAAGUGGCAGGAAGAAUUCCCAAGGGAAAGUUAGUUGACUUUGAAGCAAUGACAGCUCCAGGUCCAGAGACAUUUGGUAAAACAGCAAAACAUUGGUUGAACCUUAAAAGUGCUGAAGCUUCUUACAAGGAUCUCCCAGCGGUUUCAGAAACAUUUCCAACAUUAAGAACAAUGAUAGAGGUCUUAAAUACAGAGUCACCUUCACAUUGUUAAGGGAAACUAUGAUUAUCAAUAUUUAUGCAAAUAAGCAAAUAAACUUAAUCAUUUUUUUCUUCUGUGUUAAGUUAUUUUUACAAGGGCAAAAUUGUGGAGAAGUUAUGUACCUCCUACUUUUUAUACUUUUUGAUACUGGUUUGAUACUUGAAUAAAUAUCUUUUAGGUUGGGUUUCUCGUUGAAGAUGAAAGCUGGAUAUUGGUUCCAAGGUAUCUUUUGUGUGAUGGGUUUAAAUAUAUUUUUAAUGCCAGUAGAUGGCAAUUUUUCAUCUGUUUUCAUUUAAUAUUUGCAUACCUGGCAACACAGUUCUUCAGCUUUUUCUCCAUUUUGGAAACAAGCCUCUAAACUUUAAAAUGUCCUACAGGCAUUUACUUGAAUUUUAUAGUUUGCACUGAACAAUGUUUUGGAAUUGGGGUAUGUGAAACAGGUACUCAUCAGUUAAUCUUGAAUUUUCUGAGCAACCCUAGAGGUUUUCUUGGAAACUGUUUUGUCACUGGGAGCGGAACUUAACUUGAUAUUUAAAUAUGAGCCCCCAGCAGUAAUCCUUACCUUCAUUUUUAUGGACCAUGCUGUAUAUCCAUAAAUUUGCACUUUACUGUUUCACUUUAAAAAGAUGUGACUCAAAUUGUUUUUAUCAGUUCAUUUUCUGACAGGGUAUAAACCAUUAAAGGAUGUGUUGGCUGAGUGCAUAAAACAAUAGAAUACAUAUUUUGAAAAUUGUUUUCUAUGGAAUUGAGUAAUUUUUGGCAAAAUAAAGAGCUUGAAGUUUUAA